CAACGUCCCUCUGCCUCUUCUAUCUCUCGUAGGAGGCCGAGAGGACAAGUUCUGGUCCGGUCUGGUACUGCAUCGAAGAAAACAAGAUCAUAGACGAGGAGGGAAAAAGAAGAAGGGAGGUUGUGUGAUGGAGUCGAGGCCGAGGUUGUUCUUCUUCUCCCUCGUCUUCUUGGCCUCCGCUGCCUUCGCCAAUGCCCAUAUCGCCGACUUCGAUGAGUACUGGCAGAAGAAGGCCGAGGUAGCGCAAUCCAAGGCUCGCAAUUCCUACAACCCCGACCCUGAGUCUGUGACUCGACAUUUCAACGAGGCAGUGUAUGAGUACGUUUCCUCUCCCUUGGAUGCGCAGACAAACGUGACAAGGAGGGGCCUGCGCGGCCAAAAGAGAUCCCAUGGCCCGUGCCUGGCGACGAACCCGAUCGACAGGUGCUGGAGAUGCAACGAGAACUGGAUCCACCACCGCAAGCAGCUGGCCACGUGCGCCAAGGGCUUCGGCCGCCACACCAUCGGCGGGAAGAACGGGAAGUUCUACGUCGUCACCGAUGCGUCCGACGACGACCUCGUCAACCCUAAGAAGGGCACCCUCCGCUACGGUGUGAUCCAAGACCGGCCGCUCUGGAUCGUGUUCGCCCACGACAUGGUCAUCCGCCUCACCGAGGAGCUGAUCGUCAACAGCUACAAGACGAUCGAUGGCCGGGGAGCCAACGUCCAGAUCAUGGGCGGCGCCGGCGUCACUAUCCAGUACGUGCACAAUGUCAUCGUCCACAACCUCCACAUCCAAGACAUCAAGGCCGGCAACGGCGGCAUGAUCAGGGACUCCGAGCACCACUACGGCCUCCGAACCAGGAGCGACGGUGAUGGCAUAUCCAUCUACGGUUCGAGCAACAUCUGGAUCGACCAUGUCUCGAUGUCCAACUGCAUGGAUGGGCUUAUUGACGCCAUCGAAGGUUCCACAGCCAUCACCAUCUCCAAUAGCCACUUCACCCGACACAACGAAGCAAUGCUGUUUGGUGCUAGCGAUGCCUACUCGCCAGAUGCAAUUAUGCAGAUUACAGUUGCUUUCAAUCACUUUGGAAAAGGCCUUGUACAGAGGAUGCCAAGAUGCCGAUGGGGUUUCGUCCACGUUGUGAACAAUGACUACACCCACUGGGAGAUGUAUGCCGUCGGCGGCAGCCAGCAUCCCACCAUCAUCAGCCAAGGGAACCGCUACAUUGCUCCAUCGAACCCCUUUGCCAAGGAGGUGACGAAGAGGGACUACGCGACAGAGUCAGUUUGGAAGCAGUGGACAUGGAGAUCUGAAGGUGACCUGAUGCUGAAUGGAGCCUUCUUUGUGAAGUCAGGAGGAGGUGGGGGAUUGCAGAAGUACGACAAGACGGAUAUCAUCAAGGCCAAGCCGGGGAGUUUCGUGACGAGACUUACGCGCUACUCUGGGGCUCUCGACUGCUUCCCCCAACGCCCAUGUUGAGGUUUUAGAAACCUGUUCUAGGAAGAGAGAGAGAGGGAGAG